AUGGCACACGGGUUGAACUUAGACGAUUUUUACCGCAUGUCUAACGGAACGAUUAACUGGAGUGAUCCUAGAAUAUGGGAUCACCUCGAUCAGUACAUGGCGAACUCUCACUACUCCGAUUACGACUACUACGGAGAUGGUAACUAUUUGCCGGACAUUCAUGUUGCUGUUAAAACCAUACUCGUCGUAACGUUCAUUGUCAUAAUUAUCGUUUGUGGUUUUGGUAACACUCUGUUAUGUCUGACGAUAUUUCGGCAGAAACGUCUUCGUACAGUCACCAACUUGUUCAUCGCCAGUCUUGCGGUGUCCGAUGCGAUGGUAGCAAUUCUCUGCGCUCCGUUCAACUUAUAUUACUACUUAUACCAGAACUGGGUAUUCGGCGACGCCAUGUGCUCAGUGGUCGGCACUGUUAAAAUGGUCUCACUGAACGUCUCGAUCAAUACUCUAUUGGUCAUAGCUCUAGAAAGAUACUAUGUGAUUCACAAUCCUUUGACGCCACGACUGACCAAAAGAAAAGUAUUACUGAUUGCCGUGCUAACAUGGGUCGUGUCCUUCAUUGUCUCUAUACCAACUCCAAUGAAUACUACUGGAUCUAGUGGUAGAGACAAAACUGGCCGAGUAAUCCACUUCUGCGCGGAGUACUGGUCCAAUCGUAUAGCAUCUCGUGCGUACAUUAUGUUCCUGACCCUCUUUGAAUACGUGGUUCCCAUGGUAGCAAUGAUUAUCGCAUACUCCAAAAUUGUACGGAAGGUUUGGUUCCGAAGAACCCCGGGAAAUGCCACAGAUCGACAAAGAGAGAUUGUCACAGGGAACAGAAAGAAAACCAUUCGGAUGCUAAUCAUCGUCGUUGCGUCAUUCGGUCUAUUCUGGGGUCCGUACUAUGCUUAUAACAUCACCGUGCAUUUUCUUGAAAAAUUCUGGAUAGAGCAAGACCAAAAUAUGACUGGCUUCUACGUCGUAGAGGUUCUUGCCAUGAGCAACAGCGUUAUGAAUACAAUCGUGUUUUUCCUUAUGAACGACAACUUCCGGAAAGAAUGUUUCAAUCUUCUGUGGAGAAAACCGCAUUGCAUGAGUUUAAAAUUCAACUCAACGUCAGCUACAAACAUCAGCCUGACACGAAACGGAACAAAGAACACUGCCCGAGUACUGGCUACUGAAGCAAAUGUGUAA